CACAACAUGUGGACUGUGUUGAGGGAGCGAUAUUGAUAAAGCUGCCCGUCGAGAUCAUCAUAGCCACCAUUGAAACCAUCCUAGAGCCGCGCCAACAAGAUGUGAAAACCUUGUCUGAAGUAUACAUGUAUGUCCACAACAUCGCCGGGCCUCUCUUAUACGAAUCCAUUAGUCUGAAAGCAGAGGAAGAUUCCCUGGGGAAUGUUGAUCAUUCCGCAAAAUUGUUAUUGCUUGCUCGGAAUAGUCUGAAGAAGCUUCUGCAGUACACCAAGAAGAUUCAGGUUACGGCUAAGUUCCACAAGCGCUGGACUGACCGCUGUCUCCAUAAGAAGGAUGGCGAGGAGAGGUUGAUCAUGACCAUGAUGAUAUAUGGGAAACUGGAAGCUGCAUUCCAUCCAUAUUUCUCGGUCCCUCAGGCUAUCUCACGCCAAAUUCAAUCUGAUAUCGAUACGCAGCGUAUAGUGAUUGAAGAUCGCUGUUGGUGGAACUACCAUUCGCCUAGUAUGGCACCUUUCAAGAAAAUCAAGAAUCUAACUUGGAUCGGCAGCCGGUGCUGCUACUCUCACGAAGUCCUGUGUGAACUUAUGCACCUCAUUUCCAACCACCUUCUUAGCCUCGAUCUGGAUUUCAUAUUCAUAGAAGCGUAUCGGAUAGAGGAUUGCUCCGGCUUCGAAACCACGGUCGUCGAUAGACGGCCUGAGAACUCAACGUUCAUAUUUCCGGUUCCGCAGAGCUUAUCCCUAUCAAUGAUCUCCUCCACCGGUCUCGAAAAAUUCGUCGUCGACAAAUUUAAUCUCUCCACUCUUCGUUCCCUGACGUUGUGCUUCUGCAUGGGCUGGGAGCACUUCCUACAACAUGCCAGCUCAAAACCUGGCAUAAAACUACGCCGCCUAGAAAUCCAAGGGAAUAUCGAAUGCCGCUACUGUCGUACCGAGAGCGUGAUUUCGAAAUUUCUAGGCUCGUUUGAAGGGCGGAAAGAAUUCGCGCUGAGGACGAGGAGUAAUAAAUGGACGUUGGAUAUCCUGCGCGCAUUACUCCACCACCGUCAAUCCUCAAACCCUUCAUCCACUAUCAACGAGAAGCUAGUCAAAAGAAAAUUUGCGAUGCGCCGGAUCUAUCGUUCCGACCCGUUGCUAUCACAAAGCUCGUCAAAGAACCCGCUCGGAAUCCGUUCAGCACGCUGGAUUUGGAGUGUUUGGGCUUAUUUAGCGAUGUCGGGUAUCUGAAGGUACCGCUUAAUACGCCGGCCUUGAAAGCGAGUUUGACGGUUUUGCAUGUUCGGCAAUCGGGACAUGAUCUUGAGGAGUAUUAGAGUUGAUUUUGCGGACUAAGGAUGAGGCGGAGAGCGCGGAUGAAGAUGUGGCUGGGAUUAGGCAU